CUGUUAACAUCGCCGCGAUCGCGCAGGUUCUCCGGACUUCUUUUCAUUUUCGUGUCCUCUUCGCGCGAUACUUCGCUGUUUUGUCGCCGUGUCGCUCGCGAUCGUAUCGGAUCGGAUCGUGUCCAUUCAACUCUGGCCGGACAAGUGAGAAAGGUGUGUUUUGUGAGUGCGUGUGUCCAAAGCAAGGACGAAGGAGAGAGAUAUUACGGUGCCAAAGUGAAGUAAAGUGUGAUCGAUGAUCUUGGUUCGAAUCUGAGCAACGGCUCGCGCAACCAAGAUUUUUCAUAACUUUGGGGUUUAAUUGACUCCGUGGCGGCUGACGACAUUCCCACCAUCAUAACCCAGACCAAUAAGAAAAAAAGAAGAAGAAAAACAAGUCAGAAAAAGGCAGCUUUUCUUUCUUAUUUCCCGGAAGAAAGGACCACAUCACGGUGGGAAAAAUAAUCAAAAAAAAAAAACAGCAGUGAAGGGAGAAGACGGAAAAAAAGUUUCUUAAGUCAUCAAUUAGGGGAGAGUGGCCAAAGCAGAGCAAAGUAACCGGUCAAAAGAUGGCAACGGUAAGCGGUAUCAGGAGCAGACGUAGCAGCAGUGAUAAGAGCACACUGGACCGGGACCUUCCGGGAGUUGCGGGGAUGGCGGUGGUCAUCCUGGUUUGCGGCUUGGUCGGGGAAAGUGUGCAAACUUGCCUUAAUGGAGGAGUCCUGUUGAAAUCCGGACUGGAACCGUCCGAUAAGUAUGAAAUACUGGAGGAGCACAACAAAUUACGCCAGGCCGUGGCACAGGGGCUCAUACCUGGACAACCGGGCGCCGAGAACAUGCUCGAGAUGAGCUGGGACAAUGAGCUGGCCAGGAAGGCACAAGAGUGGGCCGACCAGUGUAUAUUCAAACAUGAUCCCAAAAAGCGAUUAGCCCGAUUCACGAUGGGGCAAAACCUGGCGCUGAUCUGGAGCAGUGCAACCCUGGAAGACGAACGAGACAGUGACUUUGCCGGGCGGAUACGGAAGUGGUUCGACGAGGUGAAGAAGUACUCGUACGGAGCGAAAUUUUCGCUAGCCACCGGACAUUACAUGCAGCUCGUGUGGGCCGACACAUUCCUAAUUGGGUGUGGCUAUUCGUACUACUACUUGGGCAAUAAGUACAGCAAAUUGUACGUCUGCAACUACGGUCCGGCUGGCAACGUCCAAGGUCAACAGCCGUACAUCACCGGACGGCCGGCGUGUGAACAUCACGGCCUGCACAAAUCUCACACCUAUCCGGGGUUGUGUUCCGCCCCAGCAGAUCCUUCCUCCGCCCAUCAUCACGACAAUGUGAUUCCUCAGAAUUAUUAUUCUUAUCAAGCCUCAUCAAAUAGUCAUGAGAAUCAACACUACACCUCGGCCUCGUCCGCUCCGGUGGCCGUCUACACGACAGCCCCGGUCACUCCGGUGCAGCACCAGCAACCCUACGACAAUCAUAUCUUGUACAACCUUGUAUUUGAUCAACACAAACAUCAGCAGCAGCAGCAGCAGCAUCAUUAUCAGACGACACAGCAUCAGCAAACAACGUACCAUCACCUGCCGGUGUCAUCUCCGACCUCCACCGCCAUCUUCAGGCCCAGCAACAUCUUCAAGUCACCGUUGCUGUCCUACCGGUGGGAUUUGCUGUUCAAUUUCCUGCACUAGAGACCAGAACGACUUCCUCCGUCAGACCAGCAGAAGAGAUUUGCGAUGAAAGCAAAAGAAAAGGGUUAAGGAGAUUACCGGGGAAGCAUCUUUUCCCACCGAAAAUUGUCUGUGUCCACUUUUUAAUGCUAGUCUGGAAACUCACUCAACCUUCUAGACCGUGCUGGACGUGUGCUCAUCACAGCGCAGAGUGGAUUUUCCUUCGUAAAUACAAAAAAAGAUGAAAGCGAUAGCCCUUGAGAGAGGUUCAGAGAAGGGGUUUCCGGAGCAGAUUUUUCUGCUAAACGGAGGUCAGUGAUGUAGUUCCUGAAUGGACAAACGAAUGAUUUGAUAUACGAAACUGGGGUCAGAUAUUCAUCAGACGAACCUUUGAUUCAUGAAUCAAUUUCGUGUUCUGAUUAACGUCAUGAUUCGAAUUCCCGGACGCUUCGAAACCCGGACACUUCAUUUUGUUUUAUCAAUUAUUUGGAUAUAAGUUCGCAUUAUGAAUGUCAAAACUAUGUUAUUUGAUGAAUUCCAACAUCAACUUUCAUUUAAAGUUUGUUCGAACGCUGUAGUUAAUGCCAAAACAAAUAAAUACAAUUAAAUUAUAAGUUUACCAAAAAUGCGAAACAUUUCACUUGAAAUAUUUCAUAGGCGUUCGAAGCACCGGGAAGGCAAAGCAGAAAUUUAUGUUUUUGAUUUCAUUAAAUUCUAGCCAAUUUUUAUAUAAACUAUCGAUUGUUUUGAUGUUAACAGCUUAUUUGAGACCUAAAGAAUGCCAUUCACUAAAAUUUCAGUCCAAAUUUGUGCGAUUCAUAAGUAAAAUCGAGUGUCCAAAAUUCGAAGCAAAAGUGUCCGGAUUUCGAAUCAGCUUUUAUCAGUGUCCGGGAUUCGAAGCACAACAAGUCAUUUUAAUUUUAAAAUUCUGAUGAAAAAUUGUUAGAAAAGACAUAUUUUGCAUGCAUUUUCUUGAAACUGACUGUUUAUAAUACAUACUGAUGAUAUUUCUACAUUUCCAACUUAUUGCAUGAUUUUUUGCCAGCUAUAACAAAAAUGAUAUACUACUAAGUGUCCGGAUUUCGAAUCAUGACGUUACUGAACUAAAAAUUAAAAAAAGGUAUUCGUCAAAAUGGAUCACUACACUCAACCCCCGGUAGUUGGUCACUUUUUCGUUUGACACUUUUUAGUCAAACCUACGGGGUUUGAGUGUAUAUUGAGUUUAGGUUUCUAUUUAAAACCAUAAAACUCGGUUUCAAUACUGGAAUAUAUAACGAAAACCAUAUUUUUGGAAGUCCUAACCAAAUCUCGGGACAGUAAACAUAGGGGAAGGUGGGGCAAGACGACCAUAUGGGGCAAGAGGAACAAUCGCUCGUACGGCCGUAAUUUCUACAAUUUUGAUUAUUUCCAGCAUGAGAAAUUGUUGCUAACAAUGCAAUUAGUUAAUUUUACUACCACAUAACCGCCAAAACGACGUAAAGGCCACGGGGCAUAAGAUUUAAUGAAGUUUUUUUCAAAACCUUGGUUUUCUUAUACUAUUUGGAAAGUACAAAAAAAACUGGAUUUUUUGAAAACUUGUUCUAUCAAAUUCUUAGUCGAGACCUGGAAUAAGAUGAUUAUUAAAAAAUCCGACAGAUUUUUUUAACGUUUUUAAUGGGUUAUAACGAGCAUUUCCUUAGCUUGUUACACUUGCCCCACUUUCCCCUAAUGGACAGCUAAACAGAACAUGUUUGUUAUUGUUAACAUUUCAUGCACAACGAAACGCGUUUUUCUCGAAACGUAAAAAAAACUUAUGCGACAAGAUAGCACAAGCGACGAUUUGUUCAUAAAAGAAAUGUGACUCUGUCUAGUAAGAACUACCACCACCAUCGGUCAACAGUUCCGGAAAAACCCACUUCUCAGCAAUUCUGCCCACAAGGAUGCUGCAAUGUGGGCAAAGAUUGACAAAGAAAUAACAAAAUACCUACUGUCAAGUGCUCAAUCUCAUACAAACUGUUGUUCUGUUGCAGUCAUGCGACGGGAAGUGGUUUGCAAUAUGUGUUUGGUCUCAUGUGGACACUGAGGGCGAUGAAAUGUAUCUUGUUAAAGUAUCUAUGUUAUCAUGUCUGGAAAACAUUCAUCAAGCAUCUUUAAACUUAAACCCUUUUUAAUUAUAAAACAAGACUAUUAAUUUAAUUGUUUAAAAACUUGAUGCCAAAAAAAUUGGUCCAAAAUUUAAAAUGCGUUUGUGCGUUUGAAUUUACAGAAUCUUUUACAUUUACAUCAUCCCCCAAAAGUCUUCUAACAUUUUAUUUUUAUUUUUUGAAAAAUAACAGCAGAUGAUUAAAAUUGUGUUGAAGGAGGAAAACGUCUGAAACCAGUUCCAAUUAUUGAACAAACUCAUUCUAAAGCUCAUCGAUUUCCCAUAACAGUAAACGAGCUUAAAGGUGAAGGCAAAUGACGAUGGCGUUAAUUUAUUUAUUAUUCAUACAAGGAUCGUAACGAGAAACAACCAUUUCUAUGGUGACCCUUCGCUAUCGGUAGAACUUUACUCUACACUGCGAACAAAAUAACGAGAAAGCAAAAAGGACUCUCGCCAUCACACACACACAUUCAACUAAUCGCAUUCGGGAGGAGUUUUGAAAGGAAGAGCAGCAUCCUAGAUAGUCGAGACCAAAGGAAAAGGCUGCUGGGACACACGAUCAAAUCAGAUAUGAGUAAAAGAGAGUGAGUGUGUCUGUCUGGGCAAAGGAUAAUCAUCUUUGGCCGGCCGGCCUGCCUGCCUUCCGGGAGGAACAGUAACACUCCUUUUGCAGCGGAAGAAGGCGACCGAGCAUCAGCAAACGCUUAGAAAAGCUCUUCUGAUUGAUCCUGCGUAGCCAUGCAUUGGGGGCACACCUUUUGCCUGUGAUGACCGGGCAAAAUAGCUCCGAGGGUUCACAAAUGGGAAAAGGAUUUACCCUGCUUCGUUGGUUACCCUUUGAGCUCCCACACCAAAGCUUUCAGGUUUAAUUGGGUUCAAAAUGAGGUGUUUUUACUAAAGUUACUCUUUUCAAUGUUUGUAUUACUUUAUGGAUUUUUUCCUAAUAUACUCAAACCCGGGUGGUUGGUCACUUCGUCGUUUGACACUUUUUUAGUUUGUACCCCGUUGGUUUGACAUAGUCAAACUAAAAAGUGACAAACUGUCACUUUUUAACAGGACUAACAUUUACUAUCAAACCAAACGUUUGGAAGUAAGUGUAAGCUCUUUGUAAUUAAACGCUACAAUAGUUCUCGUAAUCAGGAUUAAGUGGCUUAAUACUCAAACAGAAAAAAGCUCUUUGUAAAGAGGGUGUCAAACUAAAAAGUGACCCCGUUCGUUUGACAACAAUUAGUGUCAAACCAUUUGUAAAAACCAUUGUAAUAAGUUCCUCUUUACUCAAAAAAUCAAAUGACAUUGCGAUACACUGUAAAAAAAUGUCCGUACGGAAACAUUAUCCAUUGUUAAAAUAAAGUAAAGUAAAGUUCCAUUCGUUAUUUCGAAUUUUGCAACCUCGGAUGUCCGCUAUUUCGAAUGCUCGCUAAGGGACCAUCCAUAAACCACGUAGACACUUUUUCCAGCCUCAAAAAUGUGUAUAAAUAACACUUAAGUGCUCAUAACUUUUGAUGGGGUUGUCAGAUCCUCAAUCUUUUGAACGCGUUGGAAAGGUCAAAUACCUUUCUAACAAUAUAUAGCAUGACGGGGUUUCUUUGUUUUGUUACAAAAACCACCCUUUUUACAAUCUUCCGAUGUUUAGUUUAAAUCGUUUUUCAGCAUAACUUUUAAAGUACUUAACAAAACUAUAUAAUUUUAAAGAGGGUUUUGGGGUCCCAAGACGGAUCGAAUGAGACUAAAACGGUCCAAAUCGGUUCAACCAGUCCGGAGAUAAUCGUGUGCAUAUUUUUCGGUGUACGGAGUUACAGACAUACACACGCACAGACAUUUGUUCAGAAUUUGAUUCUGAGUCGAUAGGUAUACGUGAAGGUGGAUCUACGACGUCGAAUAAAGAAGAUUAUUUUUCGAGUGAGUGUAUAGAGUUAUCUACGUGCGCAUGUAUUGCGUGUACGUACACGAAAAAAAGUGAGGUUAAAAUUUGUACCAGCCAGCAAAACAAAUGGUGCGCUAGUGUGUGUGAGAUCGGGCUUAGAAAGCUCUAUAGCCUUUCCUCAGUAAGUGAGGAAGGCAAAAAUGCAUUUGUUCAAGAUUUCAUCACCGCCAUUUUGGCCGCCAUCUUGGAUUUCAAAGUUCUAAAUAAAAUUAGUUUAGGGGUCAUACCAGCGGUCAUAUUUUUUUCGUGAUUCGAUUAUCCGAAGUUUAGAUUAUCCGAAGUGAAAUUCUGCCAAGGCCUUCGGAUAAUCGAGUCUGGACUGUAUUUUGAACAACUAUUUUUACGAAAUUGUUUUUUGAUGUCAAAAGAACACAUUUUAAACAUUUACCAACAAAACCCGUCUAAAAAAUGGUGCUAAAAUGUCCAAAAAAGUGUCCAAGUGGUCUAUGGAUGGCCCCUUCUUUUGACCUUGGAAUUUUCGAAAUUUCAUGUUUUCUGAUGAAAAAUAUCUUCAACACGCUACCCUUAAGUACCCCAUCGCUGUUUUCAAAAGCAUCCCUCCCUCCCAGUCGGAAAGCUGCUUCCGAGAUCCGGCAGAUCCCCGCACCGGUUGUCGUUAGGUUAUGAUGACACCAGCUCCAGGUAGCCCGGUUGUUGGCUGGCCGGCGGGAAAACGGUUUUAAUUUGCCAUGAGUAUGAUAAAAGGCGAUAAGGAGGAAGCAAAUAGUAAUUAUGAAAGGGACGAUUAUUUUAGCCGCAAGCUUUACGUGUGAUUCUCACUCUCACUCGCUCUCUCUCUCUCUAUCCCUCGAACACUCACACACAAAUGGGGUGGGUGAAAUGGCAUCGCAAAAAGAAACGGGACGGAGGAGGAUAGUCCAUUGGCUGUGGAAAUUACUGAACGUGUUGGCCACCAGUAUUAAUGGAAAAAGUACAUAAAACUUUAUAGAUGGUACGAUACGGCUUAUCGGAAUGUGUGUUAACGUUGAGUAGAUCAGUGCAAAAGGACAGACAAGUGGGAAAAGAUGCUUUUUAUAUGAUUUUAGUAUAGUUUAUUUUUAUGUUUAUUUCAUGUUUGAAUAUUACUUCAUCCAACAAAUUUUGCAACUUUUCUAAAAAUAGUUUUCUAUUCUUUUAUUUGUAAAUAUUUAUAAAUACAAACACAAACGUAGCGAUUAAACAAAAGCGAAUGAUAUUUAAUUGAUUUAGGAAAGCUCAAAGGCUAGGGAUUUUUAGUUAAUAUGUUUAAUUAUAAUUUAAAGUUUAUUAGUGUUAGGCACUCCUUAGAGGAAAUACUAACAAUGAUUUCAGCAAUGUCUGGAAAUUAUUUUUUAAUGUAUAUUACAUCAAAAUAAAAUAAAAAAAGACAAGUCGUU